AUGCCGGGCGAUUACAAGGAUGCAAUCAAGAAAGAAAACAUUGGUAUUGUAUUUGGCAGUGUUUUGUUUAUAUACUUUGUCAAUCUGUCGCCUUCAAUCACAUUCGCUGCACUGUUGAAUACACAAGUAGAUCCGUCCUACACAGUAACGUUGACACUGUUGUCAGUUGGGAUAUAUUUGAUAGUUUUCACACUCUUAUCUGGUCAACCGCUGGCAAUAAUUGGUAUAUCUGCGCCUAUAUAUAUUGUUGAGUCUUCGUUGGUGUCGGUUUCAAAGAGCACCGGAGUAGAUUUCAAACAACUCAGAGCUUGGAGUGCUUUCUAUUGUGCUAUAUUCGGAUUUAUAUUUGUCAGUUGCAAUAUGUCUGGUGUAGCCAAUCAUAUAAGGCGAUCAGUUGAGGAAGUCUACAAUUCCUUCAUUGGAUUUUUCUUUCUGCUAAAGGCACUUUUUACAAUGUUUUUAUUAAUUCCGCCGAGGGCAAAGGACAACUCCGUAGAAGCUGUUAUGAUUUACUACAAAAAAUUAGCUGUAGCUGGCGUUACAUUAUUUUUGGCAUUUAUUAUGCUCCAGUUUUGUUUAAUUCUUGCUCAGUUAAAACGAGGAAAUUAUUUUAGAAGAAAUAUUAGGAAACUUUUGGGUGCAUUAAAUGUUCCUUUGGGUAUGCUGUUGAUAACUGGAUUAGAGAGAGUAUUUUUCAGGGGUUAUAAUUUACCAACUGUAAAUAUACCUCCAUCGGAUCAAGUGAACGCCUCAACGUGGUUGAACUCACCUGAUUUUUCAAGAUUGCUAGAUUACAGCAAAGCUCCGUCUACACUUAUUCAUGGAACUGCAGCGGCUAUUGGAAUAGCAUUAGCAAUAAUCAUUUUCACGGAAGCAGCUUUAAAUGGUUUAACUGCAAUGAAAAAUAAGGCUGCAAAACCUAAUAUCUUUGUAAUGGAUUUGAUUUUGUUGCAAAUAACGUUUCCGAUUAUUAGUGGAAUAACUGGGUGGCCUUUUAUGUCUGGAACAACAGUAAGAACACUAAGUAAUCUUGUUGCAUUAGUUAAAAUGGAUCAAAGUCCUGCACCUGGUAUGCCUCAUAAAAUUAUUGGAACCGUAGAACAACGGGUCAGCGGUGUAUUUGUUGGACUUCUUGUUGCACUUUCAAUUUUCCUUGGAUCUAUAUUGAGUUUUAUCCCCCUGGCUGCACUCUAUGGCAUGUUCCUGUAUAUGGGUGUAAUGGGUUUACGAGAUUUACAGUUCGUUCUGAGAAUAUGCUCUUUGAUGAAACGCCGGAAACAUUGGGAAGAUUGGGAAUGUGUACGAGGGUUGCCUAGCCGACACAUACUUGUUUUCUCACUUAUUCAAGCUGCAGUUGUCCUGAUACUAGUUAUUCUGAAUAUAUUAUCUGAUUUUACUUCAUCUAAUUAUGUUGGUAUUGUCUUUCCAAUUGUAAUUCUUUCUUAUGGUCUUAUUCGUGAAUUCGCUCUACCGCGGUGGAAAUGGUUGGCGUUAUAUCUUCAUCAGCUUGACCGAAAAUAUAAACUGAAUCCAAGUAAUAUGCGUAAACCAUCCUCAGCAGUACGCAAUCUAUCUACAGUACGUAAAGAAAGCGUUGCUAGCUUUGCAUCGGGUGGCCUAACAGUUACAUCACAACUGAAAGCUAAUAAUUUCAUCGAAUAUAUUCAUGAUCAUGAGGCAACUUCAUACUGUGACUUCAGUGAGCAUGAAGAUGGUGUGGUACGGCGAACCUGGGCAACAUAA